AUGGCCGAAAUACCCACCGCCACCGCUCCCUCUCGUCUUCAAAACGUCGAAGAGCACCUCCAGAAAUCUUCGGAUCCUCAAACAGGCAACAGCAACGGUAUCGGCCAUGUCCAUCUGAAUAGCGGCGGGACCCAGAAUGCGAACGCGAACGCGAAUAGGACGACGAAGACGCAGGAGCAUCAGAACGGCGAGUUCUCGAUUGAUGAUUAUAGAAGGAUGAAGGUCGUUUGUAUCGGGGCUGGGUAUAGUGGGAUUGUCGCUGGUAUACGGUUCCAGCAGCGUAUUCCGAAUAUCGAUUUUACGAUAUAUGAGAAACAGGCGGGAGUGGGCGGGACGUGGUUCGCGAAUCGAUAUCCUGGGUUGGCAUGUGAUAUUCCUUCGCAUUGUUAUCAGCUUACCUUUGAAGAGAAUUCCCAAUGGUCAGCCUUCUACGCCCCCGGCCCUGAAAUCCUCGCCUACCUCCGCGGCGUCGUCGACAAAUACAAACUCAUGAAACACAUCCGUCUCCAACACGAGCUCGUCUCCGCGCGCUGGGACGAGAAUGCCGCGAAGUGGAUCUUAAAGAUUCGGAGGCCGGUGGUCACAUCGUCGCCACCUGAUGGCAGGAAUGGCAUAGACGGUCACAGUGAGACAAACGGUGUACAUGAAGGGAUACGAGUGGAGUACGAAGAAUUCGAAGAUACAGCGGACGUCCUCUUUCUCGGCACAGGCGUCCUCAGCCGCUGGGCCUGGCCCGCCAUCGAAGGUCUACACUCAUUCAAAGGCAAAUUACUGCAUAGCGCGCAGUGGGAUGUGCAUGCGGAGGGGGAGACGUGGCAGGAGGGCGUUAAAGACUGGGGGGACAAGAAUGUUGGGGUUAUUGGGCUGGGUUCCUCGGCGAUUCAGAUCGUUCCUGCGUUGCAACCGAAAGUCAAGCGUCUGACGAACUUCGUGAAAGGAAAGACGUGGAUAUCGGCAUCCUUUGCGGAGGCGAAACUCUGGGAGCUACUCAAGCGAGAGCCUCAAGUGGGGAAUUUCAAGUUCACACAGGAGGAUCUGGAGUCGUUCAAGGAUCCGGAGUAUUAUAAACGGUUCAGACAUGAUUUGGAGGCUGAUUUGAACUCGAGCCAUGCGGUUGGAAAGCGAGACUCGGAGGCUCAAAGGGGAGCUGUGGUGCUUUUCAAAGAAGUGAUGAGGAAGAAACUGGCCAAGAAACCUUGGAUCGCCGAUUAUAUCAUUCCCGUCUUCGGUGUCGGAUGUCGGAGGUUGACACCAGGACCAGGGUUCCUCGAGUCUCUAUGCGAAGACAACGUCGACUUGGAGACGACCCCGAUCAAACGCAUAACGCCCACCGGCAUCGAACUCACCUCCUCCACCCACAUCCCGCUCGACGUUCUCAUCUGCGCCACAGGCUUCGACACAUCCUACCACCUCCCCUUCACCAUCACCGGCCGCAACAACCUCUCGCUCCUCUCCCGCUGGACGCCGCACGCCGAAUCGUACUUAUCCCUCGCGGUGGACGGGUUCCCGAACAUGUUUCUCAGUCUGGGGCCGAAUUCGAGUUUGAAUUCUGGAAGUUUAUUGGUGUUGAUUGAGAAGCAGGUGGAUUAUGCGGUGGAGUGUGUGAGGAAGCUCCAGAGGGAGAGGUUGAGGAGUAUGGAGGUGAAAAGGGAGGCGGUGAUGGAUUAUGACGAGUAUGUUCGGGCGUACUUCCCAAAGACGGUGUACACCGACCAAUGCAACUCGUGGUAUAAAAGCCCAGACGGCGCCAUCACAGGAUUAUGGCCCGGUUCCGGCCUCCAUGGCGUCGUCGCACUCUCAAAUCCUCGCUGGGAAGACUUCGACUACGAACGGCUCGACCGCGAACGCACGAAGAACCGGUUCUUCUGGCUUGGGGAUGGUGAGACAGAGAACGAGAAGUAUAUUAAGGGAGAUCGGGCAUGGUAUUUGAAUGAUGAGCAUGUCGAUAGACCGCCUGGUACGUCGCUUUAG